AUGCUCACGAGUAAUGGGUGUGAAGAAGGUGCAGAAAAAUAUGGGAGUGCUGCCAGCUGCUCGCAUGCGGCUUUAUACAAGAAUGCAGGUAAUUAUCUAGCCUUCAUUUUUGUUUUUAUGAACUUAAAAUCUCUUUAAAAUGGCACUUUUGUUAUACUUUUUCUCGUGGAUAAUAUAAAUUUAUUUCCAGGGGUUGAUUCUAACGCUCUGCACUUCAAGCACCGUGCCGAGACCGUAGAGCUCCGAAAGAAAAAGCGAGAUGAUGGCUUUGACCGAGCCAGACGUAAAGGUGUGAGCAGGGUGAGCGGCUUCUUCUAUUUUCUUUACGGAUUUUAGGGUGAAAGCUACGAAGAGGAUUCAGCUCGUGCUGUCUAUGAUCCCGACCUCAUAUCUGAUUUGUUAUGCGACGACGAGGCCAAAACACUAAACGCGCUGAAGGUUUACUCCAGAAUCUUGAGCAAAGGUGAAGACUUGCUGCGUCCUAUGAUAUUUUAGAUACCUCGUUGGAAAACGGCUGUUGCUUGAUGAAUUUUUUGGUGUUUUUGCUUUAAAUUGUUUGUGGAUUUAUGGCUGGUUAAUUUUGCAGGGCCAGCAGUCGAAGAAGCCUUGGAAAUGGGGCUAUUCAACACAUUUAUCGACGUUUUUAUGAAGGCCGAGCCUGAUUCUCCCGUCGAGCGCUCCGUUGUUGGUGUGUUGUCCGAAAUGAGUAUGGAUAUUCGACUUGUCGCCAGUAGACUCAAUCCUGGACCCAUUGCCAAGCUUAUCAACUGCUUGGGGUAUGUUUUUACAUUUUUUCUUUUGUCUUUAGAUCCAUUAUUAUACUUGGUGUUCUCUUCAGAAGUGAUGACCCUGGAACAUGUGUAAACGCACUGUUUAUCCUUGAGGGAAUUGUUUCAUUCGACCCCUUCAAGCGUUGUACAUGCGAUGAGCUAAUGAUCUUGCCAAAAGCCUUGAGGCUUUACUUUCGGUGAGUAAAUUAUAUUAUCCUUGAUAUCAGACUGAUUUUUUUGAUAGAUAAUGAUGAAAAAUAUUUUUAGAUUUGAUCAAAUCGAUGUGAAACGACAGACGGUGGCCUUAAUCAACAAUUAUUUUACUUUUAUGACUCCAGUUGAAGAAUUAUCGGACGAAUUCUUAUCUUUAUAUGAAUUUAUCUUAACCAAUGAAUUUGAUGAGAUUCUGCUGAACGAGGCUCUGGAUACUUUAACCGGAAUCUGCCAUUUUGGCGAAGAGCACAUCCAGAAGCUGAUUGACGUCGGAUUUCUCUCCCAUUGUUCGCCUCUUCUCGAAAAUCCGCUUAUCCUUCCGUCGGUCCUAAAACUGGCCAAUGUUAUUGCUGCAAGACCCCAAUUCCUGAAUCAUUUGUACGAUAGUGGCUUUUUCGAUUCAGCUUUGAGGAUUUCACAAAGCAAUGCGGUUACACCAAAAGCCCUGGGGCAAUGUUUUUAUUUGAUUAUUCAGUUUGUGAAGAAUGGAGUUCUAAGCCAUCGAGAGGAUGUUGCGGAACAAAUAAUUGAUGGAUUUUUGAUAUGCUUGAGGGAUUCGACAUUUGAAUUGAGAAAACAGGCAAGUUUUAUUGUAAUACGAAGACAUAUUCACGAUUUUUUUUUUGAAAUUUCAACAAGACCUUGUGUAAAAAAUAGAUUUUUUUUCAAUGUCAUGGCAAAAAAACAUGUCCAACAUGUUUCAUAAUCCUUCAAAGAUCUAAAAAUUUCUAUUUUUAGGCGGUCAGUGGUCUAUAUGAAAUUUUGAACACAAAAAAUGGAAAUCUGAUUACCAUGUGCAUCAAAAAAGGCCUCUUCAAGGGAAUUUGCGACCUCCUGACGGUGAUGAGUGUCGACGUGGUCCUUCAAGUUAUUGACUGUCUCUCCAAAGCUAUGGAUUAUGGAGUUGCCACAGGUAAUUUUGUUUUCUCUAUAUUAUCCAUCAUGGAUAAUAUAAUAUUUGUCAAAAUUGUAAUUGUAAUCGGAUUUACAAGGUAAAUUAUUGUCGGAUAUGUCAUUCCAGGCCAAGAAGAGGAGUUUCUGGCCCAAUUGGAGGGCGCGAACGCGCCGGACAAGAUGGAUUUCCUCAUGAAUUCCCAAUGCUACGAUAUCUUCAAAGCCGCCGAUGCCUUCAUCACCAAGUAUUUUGAUCAUCACAAUGAAGAAUAA